GUCCGUGAAACUGGGAUGGUUCCAAAGCACCUGAGGGAUGGUGGGAAGAGAAACGAGCACGAAGGGUUGGGAAAGAACUCGGCAAUUCCGCAGAUCCAGACCAAGGACGGUGGGGAACGUGAAAACAAAAUUCCCAGGCAGGAGGAGGACGAGGAGCCCGUCAAGCACAGGGAGAUCAAACUGCGGAAUUACGAGCCCGAGGAUGAGGAGCUGAAGAAGAGGAAGCUGCCCCCGGGAAAACCGGCCUCAGUGGAGGACACGGUGAAGGAGCAGCUGGAAGCUGCCAAGCCCGAGCCCAUCAUCGAUGAGGUGGAUCUGGCAAACCUGGCUCCCAGGAAACCCGACUGGGAUUUGAAGCGGGAUGUGUCCAAGAAGCUGGAGAAGCUGGAGAAGAGGACCCAGAGAGCCAUCGCGGAGCUGAUCCGAGAGAGGCUGAAGGGGCAGGAGGAGGAGUUGGCGUCUGCCGUGGGAUCAGCAAAGCAGGAGGGAUCCGACUCCGACUGAGGGAUCCGUCGGCAGCCUCGGAGCCGGCUCCAGCUCCCGCCCCGUUCCCUCGGGGUGACCCCCGGGACACACUCGGCCCUUUCCCAGGAGUUCCCAAAUCCUGCCGUGCCUGGAGGGGAG